UUAUACACUUAUACUUAUUAUACUAAUACAACAUUAUAUAAUUUUAAAUAAUUAGUAUAUAUCUAUAGUUAUACGCGACAACAAAUCAUCUUUUAAAUGGUUGACUAAAUGUCGACUUAAAAAGUUGACUUCAAGGUGACUAAAAGUGUCGACUAUUAGCAAACAGUCAUUUGUGCCAUUUGGGAUACCAAACGAAAAGAAGUAGCCUCUUCACUGAUAAGUGACUUGGCAUAUAGUUUGCUUCGCUGCUAGACAGUAAAAUUCCAUCUUCGCUCCUUGUCAACACUGACCGCAGUCCUACGCAGCAAUUGGAUCUACACCUAACGGUUACAAAAAAAAUGGCGAUAUUAACUGAAUGUGCCCUUUUGGACACGCUUAUGAUAUUCUCAUCGCUAUUCGCGAUAUUUUAUCUGUGGAUGAAGUGGAAACACACUUAUUGGCAAAGACAUGGCGUACCUACCUUGCCUGGACAUUGGUUCUUCGGUCACUUAAAGGAUGCGAUCCUGUUGCGCAGGCCGGCAGGAGUAGUUCUCAGCGAACUGUACCAGCAAGUGUCAGACAAAGAUGACGUCUUAGGGAUCUACAUCCUACACAAACCGUUCCUGUUUCUAAGGAAUCCAGAUUUGAUAAAGCAUAUAAUGAUCAGGGACUUUAAUGUGUUCCCGAAUCGUAAUUUCACGGCAUUAAGCAUUAACGACACAGUCGGCAAAUGGACCCUCUUCACCAUACAGAAUCCUCAAUGGAAACAUCUAAGGACGAAAUUGUCACCGGUGUUCACAAGCGGCAAACUGAAAAAUCUCUUUCUGUUGAUGCAAGAGUCAGGGGAAAAGAUGAGAGAGCAUUUGAGUGAACAAAUUGGAGACAAAUCCGUGCCGAUAACUAUCAAGGACACAUUUUACAAAUACACCACCGACGUGAUAUCCUCCGUGGCAUUUGGAAUUCGGAUGAACUGCUUCAACACACCAUCGCCAGAAUUUUAUAUAAACUCACGAAAGGCUUUCCCACAGACUUUCCUAAGGUCCGUCCAGUUCUUCUUUCGGUUCUUCUUGCCGAAGAUCGGAAAGCUUUUAGGCGGCGCGAUACUUGGCGAUUACACAGAUUACUUCCGUAAGGUUUUCUGGGACUCUAUGGACAAUAGAAGCAUUACGAAGAUAAAACGGGGAGAUCUAAUCGAUUCUCUUGUGCAAUUAAAAGAUGAGAAGCCUGAUAAUAUUAAUUUUCGGUUUGAAGGAGACGCUCUUUUCGCACAAGCGGCGAUCUUCUUUGUGGCUGGUCGCAAAACCAGCAUUACUACUAUGACCUGCGCUCUUUUCGAGUUGGCUCAGCAACCAGAAAUGCAGAAACGCGUGAGGGAGGAAAUCCUCAUGACAAUCCAAGAUGCAAAUGGUGUAACAUACGAAGCGGUCCAUAAUAUGAAGUAUCUGCAUCAAGUGAUAAAUGAAACAUUAAGGCUUCACCCGCCUGCACCGCUCCUCGAUAGAAUUGCUAGCAGCGAUUAUACAUUGCCUGGCACAAAGAUAACUAUCGAGAAAGACACACCAAUAUAUGUCGUAUUAAGUGGUCUUCAGACUGACCCAAGGUACUAUCGGGAUCCUACGCGUUUCGAUCCCGAGCGAUUCAGCGAGGAGAGGAAGAACGAGAUUGUGCCCUGCACCUUCCUGCCCUUCGGAGAAGGUCCCCGAAAUUGCAUAGCUAUGCGACUAGGAAUGUUGCAAACCGCUGUGGGACUGGUAGCGAUUAUACGUGAUUACGAGGUUACGCUGAAUCCUAAGUGGAAGUCCCCUCUCGAUCCACGAAACGUAUUCACCGUGCCACCAGCAGAAUUUCUGCUGAAUCUCAAGAAGAUAUAAUGUGUUAGCGAGAUGCAUCAAUAGUAAUAUUACUAUUGCAAUUUUACUAUGUUGGGAUACAUAUUGGGAAUAUUUUGGCUGACGAUAUGGUAGUCGGACAUCACUGGCUCUCUAUCGUAGAGAUGCAAUUGCUGUAAUUAUAAGUUUGCUGUAAUUAUAAGUUUUUAUUCCUUUCUACAACACAAUUUGUAAUAUAAUUAUAUUAAUAUUUCAUUAAUAUUGUACAAUUGUAUUCUUGUGUAUCAAAUAUCUGCAAAUACGGUAUAUCCUAAAAAAUAAAGAUUUUGUAACAUCUUUGUAAAA